GCCUCCAGCCGCCGGGCUCCGUCCUCCUGCCGCGGCCUCGUUCCGCCGUCCCGAGCAGACAGAGGGACAGGUGCCUGACUCCUUGCAGCUAGCUGGGGAAAUUCUGCUUGCUUCCCUCUUGCCAGAUCGCUUGUGCCUUCUGGUCAGGUCACAGCUGCUGCGGAGACACAAGAGGAGUUUUUCUCCUCCUGCGCAGGGAAAGCUUGUUUCUUCCUAGGAGCAUUGCUGAGCUCUGAGCCAUUAACAAGCUCCCUGGGACCUGUUUCAAGCACGUGGCUCACGGGAGACAUUGCUUGAGAGCACUUUAUUUUGGGCAUGUUCUCAGAGAUGAAGUUUCCCGUGCCCUGGGGCCAUUUGGCAGCCAAGGCCUGGGGACCCCCGGAGGGACACCCGGUGCUGUGCUUGCACGGCUGGCUGGACAAUGCCAACACCUUUGACAGGCUCAUCCCUCUGCUCCCCAAAGAUAACCAUUACGUGGCAGUGGAUUUUUCUGGCCAUGGUUUGUCGUCCCACCGACCUGCAGGCUCCCCCUACCAUUUUCUGGAUUAUGUGAGCGAUGUGCGCCGGGUAGCAGCAGCAUUGCAGUGGAGACGGUUCACCCUGAUGGGUCACAGUAUGGGUGGGGCUGUGGCAGGAAUGUUCUGUUUCCUUUAUCCUGAGAUGGUGGACAAGCUGAUCCUGCUGGAAAAUCUGGGCUUUCUGCUAGCUCCAGAGGACACUGAGGCGUGGCUGAAAUCAAAACGGAUGGUUAUCGACAGAUUACUGAGCUUAGAGGCAAGGCAGCAAGCUCCCAAAGCACGUAGCCCUGAAGCAGCAUUGCAGAGGCUGUUAGAAGCAAACAGACAUCUGACAGCUGAGGGUGGGGCGAUCCUGCUGCAGCGAGGAGCAACUGAGACACCCGCUGGGCUGGUGUAUAACAGAGACAUGAGAGUCCGUACGCAGAGUCGAGAAUCCCUCACCAUGGAGCAGUGCGUGAAGCUCUUGCAGAAGAUCCAGGAUCGUGUUCUCAUCAUUUUAGCACAAGAUGGACUCUUGGUACCGCGCAAGCUGGAGAGCAAAAACCACUUUGUGAUAGCCCUACGGGAGGCAUUCGAGCGUACCCUCAGAGAGCACAUCCAGCUAGUAGAGGUGCCCGGGAGUCAUUUUGUGCACAUGAACGAGCCUGAGGUGGUCUCCGGGAUCAUCAGCAACUUCCUGACAGCGCACGACACCAGAGCAAGGCUCUAGGCAGGUUCCACUGCAGCAGCAGUUCAGAACAGGGAGCUAAAAGCAGACUCCGGAGGAAUUGUCACCUUUCCUACCUCACAUCCAACAGCGGUUUCACGAUGCUCAUUCCUAAGCUGAACUUGUUGAACGGGUGGAAGCAGAUCUGCUCAUUUGUCCAAGGGAAAAGGAAUUUUUCCUCCACUUCUAGCUCUGGCAGUGCAGGGUUAGAUACCCAGUGGCCUUCCCUUUGCUUACUCCUAACUUUUGCACCCUGAAACAGAGCAGGAAUACAGGCACAGGCAUCCUCUGCGGGAGCAGCAGCAGCACCAGCUGUAGCACUGCAAGAGAGGGGUGGGGUGGCUCAUUCUUGACUCCCCUCUGAGCAUGGUGUGAUCAGUCUCUUCCCAGGGUUAGACCCUCUGAAAAACACAGGAGCGUUCUGCUUCUCUGCUUAUUUCCAUGAGUACCUGACUGAGCUCAGAGCGCCUCAAUCUCUCUGUUCUACUGCUGCUUUUUAAAAAACUUGGCUUACAUGAGAGCUCACCUGAGCACAGAAGGCCAUUUCAAUGAACUCCUAGGGAAUGAGACAUUAAUCCUCUAGCUGAAACAGCUGGGAGAACUGCUAGUAAUGGAAAAGUUGGCAGAGAUGAUUUCUGUCCUUCUAAAUAAAGAUUGAUCUUCUACUGUUAACACUGUCUUUAUACAGGAGAGUGGACUUUCUUUCAGGAUGCUCACCCAAGCAGCUGAAGUGCCAAUCUUAAGAGGCAGCGAUUUUAACAUGCCGUAUCUAAAGCAGAAUGCAUGUAAAGCAUCCAUCUGCCUUGUAAAUUGAUGCAAAAAGCCAAAUGAAGCAAGCAGGCCUGGCAGUCUCCCCACGCAACAGAAACUGCAUUGACAGUGGGUUUUCUAGGGGAGGGCCGAUCUAUUUCAGCCCAGCUCUGUGGAACUUAUCAGUACUUCCUCCGUACACUCACGGUCAGUCCCUUACCAAGGCUGCAGGCGGUAAAAUAAACGUGUAGAAGCCUGGGGUGGCUCCUUUCAGACCAGAGCAGCAGCAGUCACAGACUGCUGGGGUGAAGUCCAAGUUGUGUGGGCAGCAGCAAAAGCGCUACCCCACGGCUGGAUGUGCCUGUUGCCAUCCUUACCUGCCUCCUGUUGAGGCCGACAGGAGGCCUGGGAAUUUACCAGUCUUUUUUUUUUUUAAUUCCCAA